AUGGCGAGCGAAGCUGGAUGGUCUUGCGACGCCAACGAUGCGGUCCAUGUUACUGUCAUUCAACCCGGCGAGAAGAAGCCGAAAACACUUUCAACGUUCCACCCCCAAUUUACCUAUCCUAUUUUUGGCGACGAUGAGCAGAUCUUCGGCUACAGAGGCUUGAUUAUCCGUUUGCGCUUUGCGGCCCAUGAUUUGCGCCCUCAUGUUCACAUCUCGUACGACGAGAAGUUCAAGUCGGUCGGUGACACAGCUGCUGUCGAUCUUCUCGAUACUUUGAAACCUUUUGUCCAGCAAGAGGCGUUCGCCAAUCUCCAAGACUAUGAGAACGCUGUUCAAAACGACACAGGCGCGAAAGAUUUCAAGCCCCCGGGCGAGUUUGUCAUCGGCUACGAGGUCGAUGACAGAAAAUAUGAGGUCUGGGCCGGAUCACUUGCAGACCCAGAAGUACGGAAAAUUCUGGAUCGCAUGCAGGUUCUCGUCUCCCUCUUCAUUGAAGCCGGAACUCCCCUAGAGACAGAUGACCCAGAGUGGACGCUCGACCGGUGGAGGGUAUAUUUCGUAUAUGAGAAGGUGACUCCUCCAACACCAACAGGAUCAUCAUAUUCGAUCGUUGGAUAUGCCACAACGUACCGCUAUUGGUAUUAUCAGCGGGAUCAAUCACAAAUUCCCACAGUCAAGAACGACGAGUUCCCGCCACCAGAAGUCAAAAUUUCUGAGCUUCCUGCACGGAUCCGCAUUGCCCAGUUCCUUAUUCUCCCUUCACACCACCGCUCCGGUCACGGCACACACCUAUAUACCACAAUUCACGCGGCCUGCAUCGCAGACCCAACCAUUUUAGAAUUGACCAUUGAAGAUCCCAAUGAACAAUUCGAUGCACUGCGGGACACAGCCGAUUAUUGUCUGCUGCAGCCGGAGUUCCUGAAGCACAACGUGAAUCUCAACCCCGACCCCCUCGGAGCGUAUUCUCAAAAGAAACGCCCUCGCAAUGUGCCCACUUCCGCCCUCAUCCCCACCAAACUUCUCCACGAUAUCCGCAAAUCGUUCAAGAUCGAACCUACACAGUUCGCACAUGUUCUGGAGAUGUACCUUCUCGGCCAGAUUCCUCAAAGCCACCGCCUGGCCGGCGGCACAAAUCUCGCUCGACUGUUGAUCAAGAAGUUCAAGGCUGAAAAUGAGGAUGACCGACGCUACUACUGGUGGCGUAUGCUAACCAAGCAACGUCUCUAUAAAAAACACAAAGAACUUUUGAAUGAACUGGAACUUCUAGACCGGGUGGAGAAACUUGAUGCUACUGUCCAAAAUGUGGAGGAAGGUUACGAGAUCACAUUGGAUGCGCUCGAGGGCCGCUUGCCAGAAGGAGGUGAAUCGGAUGAAGAGGCAGAGGCAAAUGACCAGGCUAGUAAGCCUCCUACCGGUAGCCGAGACCGGCGUGUCAAGCGCAAGCUCACAAUUAUGGAUGAUGAUGAUGACGAGGAGGAGGACGGGACCGAACUAGCUAAGCGACCAAGGGUUUAA